AUGAAAGUAAAUCUGAACGGUGCCCGGGAGCGAGCCGCGAGGAUAAGCUUGUGGAGUCGAUCGUGGAUGAGCAUUUAUGCCGAGACCAAAUCAAUAUGUCUCACCAUUGGCACUGGUCUCGUCAUCUUCAAUGUCACCCUCGGUUUCGGCAAGGAUCAGGCAAAGGUUGAUCCAGCAGUCGUACCGACAAUCGCCCUCACGGGAACGAUAUUCGGCAUCUUCGGAGUUCUAUCCGCAGCAUGGAGCAAAACGUCAUUCGCCCUCACGCUGAUACAAUUAGUUGAUGGCUGGACGAGCUGGUUUCUCUGGUUUCUCAUCAUCUCGACAAACAUCAUCAUGGACCUGGUCAUUGUUUUCUCUUUUGUGAAGUGUACACCCGCCAAAAAGGUCUGGCACUCCAGUCUACCUGGAACUUGUUGGAAUCCUAUGGUUGCGACAUACUAUAAUAUCUUUGCCGGGGGCUUAGUUGACCUCAUUCUCUGCGUUAUUGCUUGGACCAUCAUUUGGAAGCUAUCCAUGAGGACCCGAGAAAAAAUCGGCGUUGGGAUUGCUUUGAUCUUUGGUAUCUUUGCCGCCGCCGCCGCAGCAGCUAAAUGCUACAAAAUGCUUGGCCUCAGCAGCAAGAAUCGAACUCUGGAUCGUGUCGGGAUCAUCAUAUGGAGUACUACCGAGUGUGCAGUCACCAUUAUAGCAGCCUCCAUUCCCGUCAUGCGUAUUCUCAUCUUACGGGUCUACCGCCGGACCCCCGAACAAGUAUCGAAUCGUCCUCUACGUACCCUUCGGAUCAUCAGCACGAGGGACAAGAGAGCUUCAACGAACUACACGAUUCCAAGCUACAAUACAGAAGAAGGUAUGAAUAUGCAGACCGAAGACGGUCUACGAGACCUCAGUCUACCAUCGCGAACAAUAUCAGCAAGGCAGAAUGAUAUGAGUCUGUACGAGAUUGAUAGAAAUGGUUAA